CGCGGCGGGCGGAAACGGCGCGGCGGCAUGGCGCGGGUGCUUAGGGACGUGUGUGGUGCGGCUGUGUCGGGGCCGCGGGUGCGCUUUGGGCCCAGCCCCACAGGUUUCCUGCACCUAGGCGGCCUCCGCACCGCGCUGUACAAUUACAUCUUUGCCAAACAGCAGCGGGGGACCUUCGUGCUGAGAGUGGAGGACACCGACCAAGGCCGGGUGGUGCCCGGGGCUGCCGAGAGCAUAGAGGGCAUGUUGCACUGGGCAGGCAUUCCCCCUGAUGAGAGCCCUCGGCGUGGUGGUCCCUUUGGCCCCUACCAGCAGUCCCUCAGGCUCGACCUCUACAGGGCCGCCAGUGAAGUGCUGUUGGACCGCGGUGCUGCGUACCGCUGCUUCUGCACCCCACAGCGCCUGGAGCUGCUCAGGAAGGAGGCCCUGCGUAACCAGCAGACCCCGCGGUAUGACAACCGGUGCCGGCACCUGACACCUAAGGAGGUGGCUGAGAAGCUGGCACAGGGCCUGGACUGGGUCGUGCGCUUCCGACUGGAGCGGGGUGUGGAGCCCUUCCAGGACCUGGUCUAUGGCUGGAACAAGCAUGAGGUGGCGGAGGUGGAGGGAGACCCAGUGAUCCUUAAGGGAGAUGGCUUCCCCACGUACCACCUGGCCAAUGUGGUGGAUGACCACCACAUGGGUAUCAGCCACGUCCUGCGUGGGACUGAGUGGCUUACUUCAACAUCCAAGCACCUCCUCCUCUACAAAGCUUUUGGCUGGGACCCCCCGCAGUUCGGGCACCUUCCACUGCUUUUGAACAAGGAUGGCAGUAAGCUGUCCAAGAGGCAGGGGGACAUCUUCCUGGAGCACUUUGCCCAGGAGGGCUACCUGCCUGAGGCUCUGCUGGACAUGAUAACCAACUGCGGCUCUGGGUUUGCAGAGAAACAGAUGGGGAGGACUUUGGAGGAGCUGAUCUCGCAGUUUGAAAUAGGCAGAAUUACAACCCAUUCUGCAUUACUGGAACUUGAGAAACUCCCAGAAUUCAACAGGAUGCACCUCACUCGCCAUAUUGAGAAUGAAGCGUUACGACAGAAACUAAUUCAAGAGCUGCAGUUGCUGGUGGAGCACACCUAUGGGGAUCAACAAGUGGAUAAAGAGGUUCUGGAAAAGGAGUACGUGGAGCAAGUCCUUCUGCUGAGAAAAGGCCACAUAAGCCAUCUGAAGGACCUGGUGUCGGGCAACUAUUCCUACUUGUGGGUUAGGCCCUUGGUGUCCCGAGAGCAUCUACAGACUAUUUCUGCAGAAGUAGAUGAAAUAGGAAAACUAGUCCUAGGGCUUAUGACAAAGCCAGCAGCUGUUUGGACCAUUGAGGAGUUGAACAAAGACCUCAGAAACCUCCAGAAGCAGACCAGAGAGACCAAGUACAGCAGCAUGAUGAAGCUCCUCCGCCUGGCUCUCAGUGGGCAGCAGCAUGGACCGAGCGUCGCUGAGAUGAUGGUGACAUUGGGCCCCAGAGAAGUGUGUGGAAGGAUACGCAAAGUGCUGUCCAGCUAAUGUGAGACCCACAGCAUGGACAGCCAGCGUGGGUCCAGGAGGUGUGGGUACCACCUGUCAUCUUCCAAAGCCGGACUUCUUGGUGACAGCGUGAUUGUCUCUGAUCAGAUGUGCUGGGCUUUGGGCCACGCGGGUGUCUGUGUGUCUGUACACUCAGCAUGAGGCAGUCUGUAUGGGAGAGGAGCUGCAUACAGAGAGGUCUGUCCUUGUACUGUCACCCUGUGGAAACAGCCAAGUGUUCUGGCUGGAAUCCAGUGACUUCUAUCAGCAGUUCAGUGCCUACAGAUGGAAGGCAGUGCUGAGCCAGCUGCCCACCUUGCUCUGGGCACUGCCCUGCAGCUGGAGGAGCCCGGCCAGCACCAGAGCAGUGUUGGAGGGGUGUGGGGGGGUGAGCAGCUGCUACCUGCUGCUGUGGAUAAAGGACUUUAAACUCA